GGGAAAUCGACGUGCAAGAAAAUACAUGAGGGUAUCAACAGCAACGCUUCAAGCAAGCAUAUAUACUGUUCAUGAAGGUUAUUGUCUUGAAAACAUCCACAUCAUAAACUGAAGGACGUCACAGAUACUUCGAGCUCUAGGUAUUUGUCAUGUCCGUUAAUGCCACAACAGCCGAGCCAACCUUAACAGCAACACUCAUUGUCUUCAUAACCUUGCAACAGGCUGUGUUUCUUUUGGCAUGCUUAGGAAACAUGAUCGUAAUCAUCAUCUUUGUGAAAUUCUUAAAACUGAAGACAGCCACGAACAAGUUUGUCGUGAAUAUGUCCAUUGCCGAUCUUUUCACUGGUGUUACUUCGGGAAUUCAGGUAUUAUAUUUCCUGCUUGUCAGUUUGAACACGAAUAUGGUGGCCUGCUUUCUGAGAUAUCAGAUUCUAUGUCUCAUGACUGUUACGUCACAGGUGUUGGUCACUUUUACAACUUUUGAUCGCUUUGUUGCGAUAUGUUUCCCUCAUCACUAUAAAAACAUUAUGACCAGGACGGUUUCGAGUACGUUCGUCAUCACUGCGUGGGUCUUCGGUAGUUUGGUGUCGAUGAUACCUUUUGCAGGCGCUCACAAUUGGAGUUCAGGUGCCUUAUGCUUGUACCAUGUCAUGUUUCACCGAUACGUGUACCUUGUCAUAGGGUUUUCUAUGUUUGUCUUCAUGGCCAUUUCUGUUGUUCUGUACUGUUUUAUCCUACAAAAGGCUUGGAAAUACCAGAGACGAAUUCGUCCGGGAAAUUCUAUGAACAUCGAGAGACAAAAGAAAAUUGAAAAAGACAUCCGUAGCGCCCGGGUGAUGGCUAUCGUCACGGUGGUUUUUAGUAUUUGUUGGGCUCCAUUUACUGUCUUUCAAAUUCGAUAUGGCUUCGGAAUAAUUAAUAAUGAACUCUACAACCUCUCUAAUUGGUUGGUUUUUCUGGGAAUUUCAAACAGUAUUAUGAAUCCCUUUAUCUAUGCAUGGCAACGCAAUGACUUUAAACAAAAGUGCUACAAAUUAAUACCUUGCUUUGGUAAAAUGUGGCCAGGAAAGGACACAUCUUUGACGCUGAAUGUAUCUUCCGUUGGCAGUUAAAUCUGUUAUCAGAAUUUGGCUAUCGGAUAUUUGUCUUCAUUUUCUUGUUUGAGAGGAACUGGUGCCACAACCAUUUUCCGAUUGGCUUGUUUUAUUUCUUUGCCUAAGUUGAAUCACGUUGACAUGAACAGCAUGAUUCACUCGGUUUUCCCGUACCCCGAGGAGCUUUUUCAAAGCUUUAUUGAAAUCUUGUCGGUGCCAGGCGAAUAUGAACGGGUUCAUGAUGCUGUUGAGCAUACCUAGAAAUACUAACCAAUUCAUGGUUAGCAACUCUGAUAGAGAGUAGGAAACUCCGAGGCCUAUCCCAAGGGGAAACGUGGUGAACGGAGCCCAGCAGACGGAGUUAAACAACGUAACUAAUCCCCAGACUUUUGCAGAAUUUACAUCACUUUUCAUUCUUACUGUUUUUUGACGAUUUCGAGAAGUUUCAAAAGCAGGUUGGACUCUAUUUAUAAAUGACCAUGCUGUUUUCAAAAUAAUGAUAUUCAACACAAAUGAUGAAAUCAUUAACGUGUAGAAGGAGAUCGAGUCAAUGAGAUAGAUGUAUUUAUCAAAAACGAUGUGGUAAAAACAAAACUGCAGAUCGCUCCAAUCAUUCUGAACCAGAAAAGGCAAAAUACCGGUACCUAUCGAGAAAGACCACGCUAAAAUGAUGAAGGAUAUACCCAGUGGUUUCGUCAUUAUGUUCUGGUAAUGAUGCGGACGGUGGAUCGCUACGAAGCGGUCAAGAGUGGAAAACAUCAAAGAGGAUUGUGAAGCCGUGGUCAUGAUUGAAACAAUGCGAUACCGGAGGAAACAAGACACUUUGUUUUGGUCCAUUUGCGGAAAUAGAAAAUAGAGGAGUUGACUUCCGCUGGCGAAACCGGUGCAUAAAUCUGUAACUGCCAAACUGACGACCAUUCUGUUGCUGAACGUGUUCAGUUUGAGAUACUUCAGAACAACUAUAAUGACUAUAAGAUUUCCAGAAAAUGACAGUAUAAAUACGCAUUGCUGUAGGAUCAAGAACAGCAUUACCGUGGGAGAUGGUGAUGUAGAUUGUGGCGGGUACGAAUGGUCGAGGAGCGAGCUGUUGCUGAGGUUCAUGUUCUUUCGUGACCUGCAGGAUAAACAAAGUACCAUAAAGUGGAUUUCUUGUUCAUGCCUGACAAUGUUUAAAACAUUCUGAUGAUGCAACAACUGUGUCGGCUUAAAAAAGUUCCUAAUACGUUCGCUUUUCAUGUCUUUUAUGGAACAAAUGUUUAGAUUAUUUAUAUCAUGGAGUAUAAAAUCAAUGGAACGUCACAUUUUAUUGCAAAUCAUGCAUACCAAUGUACAUACAUGUAUAUUGUGGUUUCUUUAUUCUCAGUAAAAUGAUUUUGCUUGU